AUAAGCACAGGAAAACCCGCGGUGCGUCGUGCGCUAACCCCACGGGACGGUCUUCCUCUGUCGAUCGCGCCGCCGCUGCAAAUUUUCCAGUCCGACGCCGCUGACUGGCGUCUGAUAAGACCCCCGUUUUUUCGGACACGACACUGAUCAGCGAAUAAACGAUCCGAGGCGUUGGUCGCAUUUUCACGCUAUCCUUUUCUUUCGAUUGAGAUAACCGCCCGCCUUUUUCACCGCACGGAAAAAGAUGGGUCAAGCUCAGAGCGGCGUGGCAGCAGCGAGCGAGGCGGCGACCUCGGACGAUCAAUCUCGAGGCGGGCUGUCGGCAUCUCCGUCUUCUUCCGGCGCUGCUUCGAGCAUGGAUUCUCUGAUUGCGGAAGCUGCAGCAUAUGCCAAUGAUGAAAAUGAGUCUCUAGAUGCGAAGGCACAGAAAGCUUUGGAAUGUCCAUGCAUAGCUGACUUGAGAAGUGGCUCAUGUGGAAACCAAUUUUCUGAAGCUUUUGUGUGCUUUUUGAAAAGCACUGCUGAAGAAAAGGGCUCGGAUUGCGUCCAUCCGUUUGUUGCUCUGCAGGCUUGUAUCAAAGCCAAUCCGGGCGCAUUCUCUAAAGACGUUUUAGAAGGUGACAACGACGGUCAAGAAGAGGAAGAGCCGAAGCAAGAAUACCGAAUCAUCCCUCCCACAUGGUCCAAAGAAUCGCACAAUGCGAACUCCAAGCUUUAGCACCAUUUCCCUUAGCCUCCCCUCUUGCUUGCACAAGGACAUCUAGCAGUUAGAAAAAUUGUUAGUCAUUUCAUCUCCGUCAUUUAGGUAUCACAGGAGCAUUCAUUACUAUGCAAUAGCCAAUGAUCUUCUCAUUAUGAUAGCCUUGGAAAUAUUCUCCUACCUCUGAGCCCGAAAUAUAAUUCAUAAGAUGUGGUUCCAUUUAACAUUGGAGCAGUUAUUACCACCUUGUCGGAUAUGCGAAAAGACCGCUCGCGUUUAUUUGCUAAUAAAUAUUACGGAAACUCGAUUAGUAUGUUUUAAAUCA